CCGUAUUAAGGUCCAAGUUCAAGGGAUGGAGUGGGAGGAUGGUGGCCGCGGAUGUGGGCAGUGACGUCGGCUGCGGGCUAUUAAAUAUGAAAUUAUCUCGGGGCUCGAAGCAAAAGGAAGGAGCCGCCGCCAGUUUUCGACUCGACGAACUUAGGGAAGAUAAUGUGCCGUUUUGGCUCCGUGCUCAUAAUAUCCUACAUAUGAAGUUGUGGAAGCGGAGCGGCUGCCGUUCGGGCGAGGGGCUGUAAUCACAAAGUCUGCAGCAACAGUGACUCCCCUGGCUCGCCGUGCUCUAACUUGCCUUGCGGAUGAUGUGCUAGAGGUCACACCACAAAUCUGAAUGGCUGCAUCUCCAGAGAGGAACCUGCCUGUGUUGCCUGCGCAGGACACAGCCCCCCCACGGGUGCCCUCCCCUGUCCGUAUUGCCCCCCCGACCGGAUGCCCCUGGAUUUCAUCCCCCUGCAUGGAUGCUGGCUGGGACUCUGCUGUGCCAGGCCCUGCCCACGUCGGCUUCUCGGCUGCACACCAGCCGCUGUAUUGGCUCCCCAGCCACCGUCUGCCCUCGGUGACGCUGAGUGAGCAGUGGCCGUAUCCCCCUGCCAUGGAGCCCAGACCCAAAACCCACCCCUCCCCAGGAAACAGCAAGGAGCUACAGAGCGGGAGGGCAAACGGUGGGGGGUUGCUCAGGGCGUCAGGGACGUGCACGGCAGCGGAGAGCGACGUGCACUUGUGCGCCGUGUGCCAUGACUUCGCCUCUGGCUAUCACUAUGGCGUGUGGUCCUGCGAGGGCUGCAAGGCCUUCUUCAAAAGGAGCAUCCAAGGACCAACGGACUACGUCUGUCCAGCGACCAACCAGUGCACCAUCGACAAGAAUCGGCGCAAGAGCUGCCAGGCAUGUCGGCUGCGCAAGUGCUACGAAGCGGGCAUGGUGAAGUGCGGAGUGCGGAGAGAGCGCACUGGCUGCCGGGCCGUUCACUGCAAGCAUGUGAGCCGCCUGUGCUGCCUGGGGAGCAGCGGCACUGGUAACCCACGGCGAUACAAGCCACACCCCCUUCCUGUGGAGGGGCCCCGCCCCCCAGGGCUCAGCCCGGAGCAGCUCAUCUGCCGCAUUAUGGAGGCGGAGCCCCCAGACAUCUACCUGAUGGGGGAGCUGAAGAAGCCCUUCACUGAAGCCAGCAUGAUGAGGUCCCUCACCCACUUGGCCGACAAGGAGCUGGUCCACAUGAUUAGCUGGGCCAAGAAAAUCCCAGGAUUCACGGAGCUCAGCCUGUCGGAUCAGGUCCACCUGCUGGAGUGCUGCUGGCUGGAGGUGCUCAUGCUGGGCCUGAUGUGGAGGUCUGUGGACCACCCUGGGAAGUUGAUCUUUUCUCCUGACUUCAUCCUUAGCAGGGACGAGGGCAGCUGCAUCGAGGGCAUCGUGGAGAUCUUCGACAUGCUGCUGGCCGCCACUGCCCGCUUCCGGGAGCUGAAGCUGCAGAGGGAGGAGUACGUCUGCCUGAAAGCCCUCAUUCUCCUCAACUCCAGUAGCGGGGAUGAGCGGCACGGCAGGUCCGAGUUGCAGAAACUUCUAGAUGCCGUGACGGAAGCUCUUAUCUGGACCAUCGGCAAGAUGGGCCUGAGCUUCCAGCAGCAGUCUGCCCGGCUGGCACAUCUCAUCAUGCUGCUGUCGCACAUCCGCCAUCUGAGUAACAAAGGCAUGGAUCAUCUGUACUGCAUGAAGAUGAAGAAGAUGGUUCCUCUGUACGACCUUCUCCUGGAGAUGCUGGACGCCCACAUCAUGCACAGCACCCGCAUCCCCUACCCGAACCCAAACCCGAACCCGAACCCGGUACCGCCCCAGCCCCAGGCAGGUUCCCCACUGUAGCCCUGUGAAGGUUUGAAUCCCAUAUCUGGCUGAAUGAUUCCAUUACUGAACCUUGGGCAAGGACCCUAAACCAAGCUGCACAAGGGAGUCUGUCUCACACUGGGCUCUAAUGCUCACCAGUAUGUCUCACACUGGGCUCUGAUGCUCACCAGUAUGUCUCACACUGGGCUCUGAUGCUCACCAGUAUGUCUCACACUGGGCUCUGAUGCUCACCAGUAUGUCACUCCACACACCUGACCACAAACAACUACUGUCCCAAUUCGUAUUUUUAGCUGAAUAUUGCAUUCGCAUGGUUAAACUAUGCAAACAAUAAGUCAGAUUUCAUUACGUUUUAGUGACAACGACAGAAAAACCCCAAAACAUCUAUAUCAGGAGAAUGAGAUUUAUUUAUUUUUUUUGUUCCAUUAAAAAAUACUCCAGGAAAACGGCGUCCAUAGAUCAAAAUGGCAUAUGAAGUUUUACAGAAUGUCUUGAUUAUAAUGCUAGCAUCUAGGGAUGAGAGGUGAUGGAGGUGAGAGCAGACGAAAGCUCCUAACUUAUGAGAACAUCGUCUAAAUCAGUGUUUCCCAAUCCGGGCCUCGGGGAUCUCCAGGCAGCCCACAGCAGGGAGCUGGGAUUGAGCAAAAACGUGGACCGUCUGGGGAUCCCAGCAGGCCGGGUUGGGAAACACUGCUCUAAACACUGUUGCAGCAUUGAUAAAUAGGUCGGCUGUGCAGAAUUUAUGCAGAGUUAUCCCCGUGUAAAAUGGAAGAUCAGGUGAGAGGCAGAGGACUUGCAUAAUCACGAGGAGAGCAGAGGGAGGCAUGGGACUGCUGAUGGAGCGAGUCACAGUGCUGAGGUCACAGUGCUGAGGCCGCAGUGCUGACCUUUGGGCUCACAAAACAGUCUUCACAGAGCCCUGUUAGUUACCGGAGAGACUAAAGAGGAACAUGUUUACCACAGACUCAGAAUAAAGUAUAUGGAUGUUAUUGACAAUAGUCCAUAAAGAGGGACCCUCUGCGAGAUCCUGCUGCUGUUUGUAGAUCAGGCUGGUCCCAAAAAACACACAACCUGAUUUCCGAGGCCAGUGCAGUUUGGUGAAUCCAUGGGUAAUAUGCAGACACAUUUGUAUACGAGAAAUCUGAGCUUAUAAUAAUGUAUCACACAGUAAUAAAUGCACAGACUGGCCCUACUGCAUCUUUCAUAGGUAGUAAAUACAUGGACUGGCCCUACUGCAUCUUUCACAGGUAAUAAAUGCACAGACUGGCCCUACUACAUCUUUCACAGGUAAUAAAUGCAUGGACUGGCCCUANCUACUGCAUCUUUCACAGGUAAUAAAUGCACAGACUGGCCCUACUACAUCUUUCACAGGUAAUAAAUGCAUGGACUGGCCCUACUGCAUCUUUCAUAGGUAAUAAAUGCAUGGACUGGCCCUACUGCAGAACAAAAGAUACUUAACUACAUUUACACCUUGAGAGACCCAUGUUGCUGUAGCACCAAGGUCACCACAGGCAUGUAUUGUGCUGUCUGCAGAGUUGGAGGGUAUGUUUUAAGAAACUCAAGUUUCUCAAACUGAUGACAGGAGAGUUUAUUGUCACUGUAACAGUCCUCUGUGAUUUUAAAUGGGAGUAGAGAGAGAGAAGGCUGCUGUCGGCCAUUGCUAAGAGGUGCGUGCUGGUUCCCCACAGGGAGGCCAAGACUCGUGACCCUGGAGGAGAACCAGGAGGACCCACACAGACACAGCUCCUUCUACUCCCACACAGACACAGCGCCUUCUACUUCACUGCCUUUUAAAUGGAAUGAUUUUAAAUAUUCAUUUUCAAGUUUUCCAUAUGGAUUUCCAUUUGUUAAUUAUCCAUCCAUCUCCCAGCCUCUUCCUGGAGACGUGGAGCCCGUCUUUGGCAGUACAGGACGGGGGCAGAGGGGCUGGGAUGGGAUGCCAGUCCAUCACGGGGCCACAUGAUCGUACGCUAGGAGCAAUUUUUAAAUACUAAUUUUUCUAACAGCAUGCUUUUGGUCUGGGGGGGGGGGAGAACUGGAGUACCCAGAGGAAGCCCAGGGAAUAUGGGGAGACCAAGCGAGCUGCAUACACACAGCGGAGGGGGGGCAAGACCCCAGCCCUAAAGGAUCAGUGCUGCAGCUUUCCACGGGCUUAAAAUGCCAUCAUUCUCAGAUAACUACAGUUGAGGUAAUUCAGAUUAAAUGGAAGAGCAGGCUGAAAUGGAGCCGGAGAAGGUCUGCGUAAGCCCUACUGGACCGACGUCUGCUGCUCUCCGUAAGCCCCACAGGACCGACGUCUGCUACUCUCCAUAAGCCCCACAGGACCGACGUCUGCUGCUCUCCGUAAGCCCUACAGGACCGGCGUCUGCUGCUCUCCGUAAGCCCUACAGGACCGGCGUCUGCUGCUCUGCGUAAGACCUACAGGACCGGCGUCUGCUGCUCUGCGUAAGACCUACAGGACCGGCGUCUGCUGCUCUGCGUAAGACCUACAGGACCGGAGUCUGCUGCUCUGCGUAAGACCUACAGGACUGGCGUCUGCUGGAACUUGCAUUCGCUGUUGUGUUUCACUUUUUAUGGCUCAUUCAUUCUCUGUCAUGACUUGAGUGGUAAGUUUGCUUAAAACCAGAGCCGCUCAGCCCUUCAGGUGGCACAGACGGCCUCCUAGGGCACCACCUUCUGGUGGGGAACUGACUUAGCAAGCCACUGGAGACAUAGUGGAGCGCAAAGCUUGCCUACGACGUCCAGCGUGUCCAGUCCCUCUCAAGGAAGCAGAGCCUCCAGUCACUAUUCUGCAGCUCUAUCCCACUCAGGUUUCCUCCAUCUGCACUCCUUAAAAGUCUGAGGAGUCCGGACACGUUUUAUCCGAGGCUUCGCCCCAGCCGCAUUUAUGACCGAUUUACAGAAAUCCGUCUUUUGCUUUUUACCGUUAUUCCGUUUUUAAAUUUUUUUAAUUUACAUUUUUUAAAAACGUAGCACAAAAUGACCACGUUAAAAUAUAUUUGCUGCUUUCAGUUGCAGAGAUUUAGCAUGUUUUAAUAAGGGUGCAGCUGUGAUCAUUGUUUUGCUUUCCCUGAAGGAAACUGAAGCUAUUGGCUGAAAUACAAAAUGCUGUAUCCCAAAUGAAAAAGAAUCAGGUCUCAUGCGUACAUAUUGGCAGGGGGAUGCAAUAAAAAGUGCUGACUGAUGACUUUGUUCUUUUGAGUGCAACACAUCACUUAGAAUGUUCUUGGGUUUCCUAAGGAAGAACAGUAAACAGGCCUGAUUAAUACCCUGCUGUUACACGCUCAACCAUAAACUCUUGGCUGAUCUCUGCUGGGAUGCACAGACCCUUCUGUAGAGGGAAUAGGCCACUUGGCUUAUGUUGUGUAACAGCCACAUUCUGAAAGUAAUGGCUUCAUUUUGGCAAAAGAUUCGGCGGGCGAUGAAUGAUGCACAAUUUCUCGGUCUGUCACAGAGAAUUUGAAGAUCAGCAGAAUUGAUUUAAUACCAGCGCCGGGAAAUGCGACCCUAAAUGUGGUGCCGUCACUCCAGUGUAUAAAGGAAAAUGCGACAUUUCAGAACAGACACAUUAGUCCUUAUGCAGUAUGUGCACACGCUUGGAAUGGAAGCCCACAGCCUUUAGCAAGAGCACUUCAAUGUACACGCAUCAUUUUGUUUUAAUUAUAAGCAACGUAGACAUGGGUUUAUGGAGUGGAUGGGAGAAUUUGUGCUUUGUGUUUAUGCUACAUGUACAUUGAGAAUUGAUUACUGUGUUUUGAGUUGUAACUGCACGCAACUGUAAGGAUUCAGUGUAUGAAAUGUUGAAGCUGGCAGCCAAAAUCCCUGUGUAUUUGUCAUUCUGCAUUCACCACAGAGUCAAUCAUGUAUGAACUGUUCAUAGUGUACGAUCAUGUGCUAUAUUGCUAUAUUUUCUAAAUAAAUGUCUUGGAAAAAGGAGAAAGA